GCAAAGUCACUAACGGAAAAGCGUCGUGGGAAUACAAGGGCGAAGUACAGGAAAACACAGGAUGUCAGAAAACAGAUUAAAGUUAACAAGGAAUACGACAGCACGCUAAAGGAAGCGAGGAGAACAGCUUUUUCCCCGCUGAAGAAGGAGAUCAAGGACGAAUACGAACGUCGACAUAUGCUUGGGAAGCAAGCCGAAGUGGAUUCUGAGAGGACGGCGAAGGGGGUCGCUACAUGGUCGAAGGAGGUUGCAAAAGAGGAAAAGCGACGGCGGAGGGAUGUUCCGAACUGGAUUGGAAAAGGAAUGGAAGAACGAAUCGGCAAGAAUACGGAAAAACGCAAAAGCACGAGAAAAACGUGCCGAGGAAAACCGUAG